AUGAUUCGUAUGUAUGAGCGUAGUGUCGUCACCUUUGCAGUAGUGACUCGAGCGUGGGUAACCCUUGUAGCGGUAUUAACGGCUUGUAUUUUGACACCCUACGACACUUCUUCUCAUCUACAGGCAGACGGUUCACUCCUCGCAGCGCUGAGCAAUUGGGACGGCGUCUACUUUUCACACAUCGCCUUGCACGGCUACGAUUUCGAGCACUUUCACGCCUUUUUCCCAUUGUAUCCACUGCUAAUGCGAUGGAUUGCUCACUGGUUACCACUAGAGGAUAAAGACGCUGUGAUUGCUAGUGGUUGGAUUAUCAGUAACGUAAGUUUCGUUCUGGCUGCGCUUUUCCUUUAUCGCUUGGGCUGCAUUGUGAUUGGGGACGAGAUCAUCGCCCGAAGAGCUGCUUACCUCUUUUGCGUCACACCCUCUAGUAUCUUUUUGUCGUCUGUUUAUUCGGAGAGUCUUAUGUGUCUACUGAGCUUUAGUGGCAUGUAUUUCUUGGCCAAACACGCUCAGACACCCAAACCACGUCGAGCCUUCUGUGAUCUAGUGUACUGCGCGCUGUUGUUUGGUGCGGCCUCUGCGACGCGAUCUAACGGCAUUCUGCUCUCGUUAUUUAUUGCGUGGCAUCGAGUGACAGUUUCGCCACCACCAAGAGAGAUGUUCCGAUUCUUUGGAUUCUGGAUGCGUACUGCUGCUCUCGGUGUGCUUGCUGUUGCACCACAGAUCAUGUAUUUUGUCACUUCGAUGAUGCCGUAUUGUCCGUUGCUUGUAAAGCACUUGGGUGGGGAAGUUUCAGGGUCUAGUGAGAUGGAGGACCGUAGCUGGUGCGCUAUGGCGGUCCCCAACGUGUUCGCCAUGUACACGUUUAUUCAAAGUGAAUACUGGAAUGUGGGUCUCUUUCGCUACUACGAACUGAAUCAGCUACCAAAUUUUCUCCUUGCUGCGCCGAUCAUUGUUCUUAGCGUGCAUGCACUUCACGGGUACUUUCGAGGCACUAUUGUUCCUGGACGUCCCCGUGUGAUACUUCAACAAGAAAGAGGCAAGAGCGGUUGGCGAGGCACUGCACUGACUCCGUAUUAUGCACACUGGCUGUUCUUGGUUGUAAAUGCUCUACUUGUCGUUCACAUCCAGGUGACAACGCGAUUGUUGUGCGCAUGUCCUCCUCUUUUUUGGCAUCCUGCCUCGUUGCUCUGUGACUCCACGAUCACAAGAAAGGCGUCCCCCGUUAUGACAAAAUAUGGUCGUGUCAUUGUCACUUACUUUCUCCUCUUCACCGUGCUGGGGAGCGUUCUCUUUCCUUCAUUCUACCCAUGGACAUAA